AGCUAGGCUAACGUAUACAUUAGGUCAUAUUUUCAUGUGUCUGUGGAUAGCUAGGCUAAGGUAUGUUACAUCGUAUUUUCAUGUGUCUGGAUAGCUAGGCUAAGUACAUAUUAUAUUGUAUUUUCAUGUGUCUGUGGAUAGCUGUAGACAUGAACAUCGAUGUGCUAGCUAAAAGGACUAGAGCUAAAGUUAGUCAUCCUGAAAUUUAUAAUUGAAGAACAGAAGAGGGAUCAGUUAAUGCAGUUAGAAGAGGCAGCCAAAGACACAGGAAACAAUCCACAAUAAUAGAGCCACAUGAACUGAAGGAGGAAAAUUUCUGAAAGGGUUGUGUAACUGUAGCGAAGGCUAUAUGGAGGCCUAGUCGUUGAAUAUUUUAAAUGGGUUUCAUGUGUGUCUUCACUUUAAUGUUUUCAAAUGAGUAUUGUGUUUGUUUGCAUACAUAGAAAGGGUCUAGAUGGUCUUUAUUAUUUUGUCUAAAAGAUGAAAAUGUGUUUUUCCCCAUUAAAGUAUGGAACCUCAAGGUCUUUAUGACAAUGGAAACCAAAAAGUUGAUUGGCAAACCGCUUCAACCAGCAAGACCUGUUCGUCAUCUCUCUUCUCCUCCAGGACCAGUGUUCCCUUUUAACUUUCAGAAUGAAUAUCCAUGUAACACUCAGUGCUUACAAAGUGGAGUUGGCAGAUGCAAGACGAAUGGAAUGCAAGCCUUUUCUCAAGGUCUGAACGAGCAGCAGCAGCACCAGUCUCCAGUUAAGAAAGGUACUCAGCGUCAUCACAGUAGCCCAGCGCUCACGGGGAAAACAACCAAAGUUUUAAGUAGCAUUUUAAGAACAGAUGAACUUGAAGAUAAAGAAUUACUCAUUCUAUUUUGGACACCUGCAAAUGAAGUGAACCUAGUAACAAUAACUGAUGGACUGUGGCGAUUCAAUUUAUUUUUCCUUUUGAUGGUUGGCUAUUUGGCUUCACAUAAAAUGAGGAAGAGAUAUUAUAAACUAUAAAGAAUUUUUCUAAUCAAUUUCAGCUUUGCAGGCAGUUCCUGCAGAAAUUGGGAGGUUGCAUUGGAAAGUGGGGAUGCGUGGUGAGGUGGGAAAUGACUGAUUUGCAUGCUACUUGCAGCUCUUGUUUUUCACCGCUUGUAAUAAUGGAAUGGAAAUGUAAGCUGUAAAGAUUCUCAGAUAUAAACUAUUUGCUACAAUGUAUACAUGGUGCAUAAUUUUGUUGCCCUUAAAGUCAAUAUCGCUUGUUCUCUCUCCCACCAACACUUGAACAGGUCACUGUGACGUCUCCUGCAAUGAUUCAGGUGUUCAAAGCAUCGUUGACAACGGCAGGGGUGACUUUGAUAAGACAUUUCAAACACAUGAUUGAUUGUACCUAAGGUUGUUAAUAACAUGGUCUUAGACCCAUAACUACGAGUAGAGGUAAACAUUUUGAAAACAGUGGUAGUGAAACCGAAGUGGAUAAGUAGCUGAUACUUAAUGUCGCUCAUCAAACUGUGUGACCCAGAGUCAGUCGGGAAGUAAAAUUGAGAUGGUUUCCAAAGGAGGACAAAUUCAGGCAUUAGCAGA